GCUGGGGCCACAGUGGGAAAGAGACAGGGAGGAGAGGCAGAGAUACAGAGGCAAGAUUCAGAGUGUGUAGCAGCCAGUAAUUACCUUCCAGCGUCUGAACCAAUCAAGAGCCGAAGAGUGAUACAGAGAGAGGAAGCCCAUUGAGAUUCUCAGUCUAUUCCCAGGCAAAGAGGUAGGCAGUGUGUUUAUUGAAUUAGAAUCAGAGAGAACGAACAGAACGGUUUUCUCUGGAGUGGCACAGCUCAUCCUUUCUCACAUUUGCCGAGUUGUGCUGGGUGAAAACAGAUGGACAAGAUGAACCACAGCUCAGCUGAGGCGGAGGCUGAAACCAUAGAACCACUGCGCUACCUCAGUAAAGGGGAGGCGGCAUCUAUCGAGACAGAGCUCGUGAGGGACUACAAGUUUGGACAACAGCAGCUGAUAGAGAUUUGGGGACACGCCUGUGCUCUUGCCAUUACUAAGGAAUAUGAACCCACCAUCUACCACCCUAAACGCUCCUCUCACAGUCUACACCAGGACUUUACAGUGCAGUGUGAGAAGAUGGACAUCCCUUUUCUCUCCUAUCUGCCCACAGAGGUGCAGCUCAUAAACGAUGCCUACAAUCUGGUGAUUGAUGCAAUGCUGGGCCCAGAGGCAGACCCUGCCAACAUUAAGGAGCCCUACUCUGGUAUUCUGGCCACCCUGAAGCAAGUCAAGACCCCCAUUGCCAGUGUGGAUGUGCCCUCAGGUUGGGACGUAGAAGAAGCGAGUCAAGACGGGAUAAACCCAGAAGUUCUCAUCUCACUUACAGCACCGAAGAAGUGCGCCAUGAGUUUCUCGGGGAAGCAUUUCUUAGCUGGACGCUUCCUGCCCUAUGACAUCCAGAAAAAAUACGAGCUUAACCUCCCAGAGUACCCUGGCACAGACUGUCUCAUAGAAUUGUAACACAUGGGAAACAUAAGAGCCAGUGGGGCCUCUCUUCAUUUUGAAAGCGUACAGUUAAUCUAUUAUUGUUUUGUAUUUUAUAGAUUGUUAAUGUGAUUUAAUGUUAACCUCUCAGUUGCGUAGAUCAGGCUACAUCUUAGCCAAAUUUGCUGUUAAGCUACAGUAGGAGGAUAAUAUUUAGAAACUGUGGUUUGAGUCGUGUCUUUUUAGAAAACGGCAUCAGGAGUUUUUGUGUCAGUCUACUUGUAAAAGCUGUAGCAUUUCACUUUCCUGGUUUUUUUUUUCUUUUUUGCAAAAGACAGAAUUUCUUUUUUUUCACUUUCAGCAAAGAAAGAUAAAUUUUCUAUGACCACUGGAAACCUUUUCUUUCUUAAAUGUUAAUGUUCUGAUGCUCUCAUGUUUAACUUUCUACUGAAGUGUGCUGCUGAGAUGAGUCACUGUAGGUUAGCAAUUUCAAAAUUUCUGUUUAUGUGGUUUUGAUUUGUUUGGUCGACUGGACUUCUGCAUCACUUUUGUUUCAGUGACUUCAUUGGCUGUUACAAAAGGACCAGACAGUUCUCGUUGUCCAAUAAAAAAAAGUUUAUUUGAAAGA